AUGAGAGAACUUGAUGAAUUACGAGAGAAGAUAAAGAAUAUGGAACACAUAGAAGAGAUAGCACAUGAAAUUGAUAAUUUGAAGAAAAAGUUAGCCUGGUCAUGGGUUUAUGAAGUUGACCAGCAAAUUGAGGAACAAACAGUGAAACUCCAGAAACUCAAAGGGCGAGCUCCUGCGUGCCAAGAAAGAAUUGACCGAAAUACAGUUGUUAUUGAUAAACUGAAGAAAGAACUAAUUGAAAAGGAAGAAAAUCUCAGAUCUUUGGUGGGUAAGACUCGUGAAGAGAACAACAUGAAGAAAAGUAUGGAAAAUAACAUUGCUGAGGCUGUGAAGCGGGAGAUAGAACUAGAGGCGGAGCAUGAGCGUGGUGCACACAUGCUGCAGAGAAAGAAUGGCCGCCUGAAUCAAUUGCAGGCACAACUUCGUGAUUUCCAAAUGCAGCAUAUGCAAUCUACUCAAGCUGGAGCAGCGAAGGAGUGA